AUGUCCUUCGCACUUUUGGCGUCUAGGCACUUGAUUCGCAGGGCUCUUGUGUCAAGUUUCGUGUCACCGAAUGCUUGCAGAACAUUGGUAUGCACUUCCAACAAUAACGCGAAACUGGGAACAGCUCCCCAACCAGUCACAUCCGGUUUCCUUCCUUCUCACCACUGGACGAUCGAACGUUUGAUUGCUGUCUCAAUGCUUCCUAUGUAUCCUAUCGCUCUGAUCUACGAGCCAUACCUUAUGGACUACGUGGUAUCUGCUGCUGUCUCACUUCACGCUUACUGGGGCUUUGGUGGUGUCAUUCGUGACUAUGCUAUCGAGCGUAAGUACGGCCCACUCGUUCCUAAAGCUCUGCAGUUGUUUUGGAAGGCCGUCUGCCUUCUCGGAUUCGCUGGAUUUACCUACUUCAACUACUACGACAUUGGUGUUAUCAAGGGCGUCAAGAAAAUAUGGUCUCUUUGA